GUGUGAGGGACGGAACAGCACUAUCAGCUAGUAAAAGUGAAGGUGGAAGACCGUGUGUCCCGGGGGUAUAUCCGUGGAGGGCACGGGAGGAGCUCUCAGAAAAAAAAUGCCUAACAAGUCCAAAAAAGAUAAGGAAUCCUCAAAGACUGGGAGGUCAAGCAAAAGUGGGAGUAAAAACGACAAUCACAACUCUGAAAAUGAGGGCACCACCAUGAGGGGUAGCAGUGCCGCCCCUCCUACUGCCCAGCUUCUGCGGGUGAAGCAGCCAUUGUCAUCAUCGCAAGCCACACUCAAGAAGGAGCGUCGCCUGAGCAACUCGUGCUUCCCCAUCAGCAACAACCGAGAGCUGCAAAGACUGCCGGCCUUCAAAGAUGUAGCCCCGGCGGAGCAGGAGAAGCUGUUUAUCCAGAAGCUGCGGCAGUGCUGUGUGCUGUUUGACUUUCUGUCCGACCCCCUAAGUGACCUGAAAUGGAAGGAGGUGAAGCGGGCGGCGCUGAGCGAGAUGGUGGAGUACAUCACCCACAACCGCAACGUCAUCACCGAGCCCAUCUACCCAGAGGUGGUGCACAUGUUUGCUGUGAACAUGUUCCGUACGCUGCCCCCCUCAUCAAACCCCACAGGGGCCGAGUUUGACCCGGAGGAGGACGAGCCCACUCUUGAAGCAGCAUGGCCGCACCUCCAGCUUGUCUAUGAAUUUUUCCUUAGGUUUUUAGAAUCUCCUGACUUUCAACCCAAUAUAGCUAAGAAAUACAUUGACCAGAAAUUUGUCAUGCAGCUUUUAGAUUUGUUUGACAGUGAAGACCCACGAGAAAGGGACUUCCUGAAAACCACCCUACACCGGAUCUAUGGCAAGUUUCUCGGCCUGAGAGCAUACAUCCGGAAACAAAUCAAUAAUAUAUUUUAUAGAUUCAUUUAUGAGACAGAGCACCAUAACGGAAUAGCUGAAUUGCUGGAAAUACUUGGAAGUAUAAUCAAUGGUUUUGCCUUACCGUUAAAAGAGGAGCACAAGAUUUUUCUGUUGAAGGUGCUACUGCCUUUGCACAAAGUGAAGUCACUCAGUGUCUACCACCCACAGUUGGCAUAUUGUGUGGUGCAAUUUCUGGAGAAGGACAGCACACUUACUGAGCCAGUUGUGAUGGCCCUUCUCAAAUACUGGCCAAAGACCCACAGCCCAAAGGAGGUGAUGUUCCUCAACGAGCUGGAGGAGAUCUUGGACGUCAUCGAGCCCUCGGAGUUCGUCAAGGUCAUGGAGCCCUUGUUCCGACAGCUGGCCAAGUGUGUAUCGAGUCCGCACUUUCAGGUCGCAGAGAGAGCGCUCUACUACUGGAACAACGAAUACAUCAUGAGUCUGAUCAGCGACAAUGCCGCCAAGAUCCUCCCCAUCAUGUUCCCUGCCCUCUAUCGCAACUCCAAGACCCACUGGAACAAGACCAUCCAUGGCUUAAUUUACAACGCUCUGAAGCUCUUCAUGGAGAUGAACCAGAAACUCUUUGAUGACUGCACGCAGCAAUUCAGGGCAGAGAAAAACAAGGAAAAGUUAAAGUUGAAAGAGAGGGAGGAAGCCUGGAUCAAGAUUGAGAAUCUUGCCAAAUCAAACCCACAGUUCCUUAUGUAUGUUGAUUCCUCUGGCCACAGUAGUCCCGUAGAAAUGGAGACUGAUGGUCCUUUAAUAGAAGAUGUUCAGAUGUUAAAAAAGACUGUAGCGGAUGAAGCCAUUCAGAUCCAGAGAGACCAGCGAAAAGACCGGCCACUGGUGCGCCGCAAGUCCGAUCUGCCUCAGGAUAUGUUCACCACGAAAGCCUUGGAGUCCCAUCGCCGUGCUGAUGAAAUGCUGACCGCUCACGACGGCCAGUAACUGUCCAGCCCUGUCUCUCCCAUCUCUUCUCCCAGUCCACAUCCAUGUGCCCCCACCCCCAAUCCUCCCCGUCCUACCCCGGAGCCAGCUCCUCCCCCGCCCUUGCCCAGCGACGCUGGCGUUCAGCAUUGGAACAUAAGCAGCACAACGUCCCUGCCCCCUUUGCCCUGCACCUAAAGAAAAAACUAGUUUGUCUUUCUCAGGUUUUUAUUUUGUUUUUAAGUUUAGGAAAGGACUGGGCUGCAUCUCUCACUCACCCCCCCUCUCUCUCUCUCUCAUGACUUCUCUCUUUCUUUCUCUCUUUCUCUCACUCUCUCUUGCUCUGUGACCUCACGGUUUCCCCUUUCAUCUUCUUCUUCACCCUAUCAGUUCAUCCAGCUCCAUUCUAGUUUCCUCCCUCUGAGCAUCACCUGGCGUACAUGGCAUAUUUUCCUCCCCUUCCCUCCGUCCUUCCCUGUGAGUACAUCUGAGAAACACGAUGACAGAAGCUCCCGCCGGUAGCAUCUCCUCUCUCUCUCGGCGGGACGCAAGGAGGGGCCAGAAUGCAGAUCGAGCGGACUCCAACCUGUUUCCUCGUUCUCAGCCCAAAGGGAACAAAGCAGGGACUUGGGACUGUUUGGAGAGGGAAUUCUGUUUAUUGUUUCUAUUUGGUUUUCUCUUUAUUUUUCUCUCUUUCUUUCUCAAUCCCAGAAAUGUUGCCAGUGCCAACACCUUUUAUUUUCGAGACCAUUCUGUCACUAUGUAAAUGUUUGUGUGUUCGUGUGCGCGUGUGUGCGUGUGUGUGUCUGUGUGUGUGUCUGUCUUUGUCUUUGUGGAUUUCUAUGCUGUCAAUCAGGUGUGGCUCUGGGGGGGUAUAGGGGUGAAGUGUGGUCUGCCUUGUGUCUCUCGCCAUUAAUAUCUUUUAUUUUAAAAUGUGUUAAAGGUCUGGUCUGAUAGGAGCGGGAUAUAAGGGCUGGAAGGAUUUCUUUCUCUCUCUGAGAAAGGGGGGAUGGAUGCGAUAUGCUGUGGAGUUUCUUUUUUUUUUUGGUGGUGCCAUGACAGAAAAAAAGCUCACAACUUUUAUGUACCCAUUCUUUUUUCCAGGGUUGUUUUUCCUUUUGCCCUCUUUGGCAAUAUGCUCACCGUGACAUGGUGGGAUAUUGACGGUUCAAACAAUGGUACUCUUCUUUCAAAUGUAGACACAGGACUUCUGUCAGGUGGCAAAGUGGCACAGCAGCACCGCCCAUAGUGCUUUAGCCGACAUGGCAUGCUGCGUACCGAGCAGAACUCCCAGCGGCCCACCUCGCUCUUCUGUGCUGUACCCAUCUCCAAUAUUGCUGCUGUGUAGCCUACUCUACAUUCCCUCAUCUUUGCACUUUUCUCUUUCCUACACACACACACACACACACACACACACCUGCUGUCCUCAUCUGUCUUUAGCAGACCGCUAUCUGCACAUGUUGGCUUCAGGCCACAUCAGAGGACUAUGCUGUAGUAGACACCUGCAAAUCAAGGUGGAAGAGAUGGAUAUCUGGCCUUCAUGUGGGUGGAAGUCAUUAGACGGUUACCCUUGUAAUGUGUAAACUAGAACAGCUCAAAAAAAGGCCGAGCUCUCGGUGCAUGCAUAUUGCAGAUUGCCCUGACCAGCAAAAAUCUCAACAAGUUGUGUCAUGUAUUAUUGUGUAAUAGUGACAGUGAAAGGUGACAUUAGCUAUCAGCUUGGCGACAUAUGAUGCCAGUUGGACACAGUGGUCAUUUACAUGUAGGAUGUCAGGCAUUCAGGAACACACCACAUCAAUUAGCAACAACCCAACAAAAAACAAACACUUGACCAGUGAGCUGUCUCAUUUUCUUUCUCCAGUCAAAAGCCUGGACUUAGGACUGGCUGUCCAACCAGAGAAGGCCCAACCGUGCAUUGAUUUUAAAAUCUUGUAUCGUUCACCCCCAGCUUGGCCCAGGUGACCUCUCUCUCCCAUGGCUUCUGUAUCUCUCUCUCUCUCUCUGUCUCUGUCUCUUGAUCCUUCUCACUCAGCACUUUGCUGUGGAACGGAAAGGACUGUUAUUUUGUUACAUAAAAAAUGAGAGGCGCAAAAAAAGCGCCCCUCUCCAUUUUCAAAGAUAUGUUAGUGCCUUUCUAUUACCAAUGUAGAUGUAAGAGAAUUUAAACACAUGAAAUCCAUCAGCUGGAUAGAGGAGAGAACAGGAGAGUUUGGCAAACAAGGCACUAUUUGCUCUUCCCUAUACAAUAUCAUUCUCUGUUCUCUUGCACAGGUAUUUAUGGCAAAUAAGCAUUAUUGAGACAUGGGCAUGUUCACCUACAAAUAUACUAGUGAGGCUGACAAAUUGAUUGUCGCUAUAUUUUAAUCUCUCUCAAGAAAUAGAAAUAGAAAAGAUGAUAAAUACAUGACCGUUCAUGAGAUCUCCCCAGAUGAAACAGUCUAUUGAACUACCUAGAAGCACUUCCUGAAAACUUGAACGAUUUUAACGUUUUUCUUUUUUGUUUUUGGUCAAAUAGGCAGUUUUUGUCGUCAGUCGUGAAUCUAUGUAUGUAUCCUCCCAGCAUGAAUACAUGAGUAUAAAACCCUAAACUUAUGAGGACGAUGUUAAUAUAUCUUUUUUUCCAGUGAAAGUGUCUUUCCGUACCAUUGUUUGAACUUCCACACAUGAGGAUGUUCAGUAUGCUUCUUAUGGCCUCUAUCUCUCUCUCUUUCUCUCUCUCUCUCUCUCUCUCUCUCUCUCUCUCUCUCUCUCUCUCUCUCUCUCUCUCGUGUAAGAGUUGUGUUAAUAUUUGCUCGGAUGUUAUCAAUGUAAUGGUGACUACUACUAACCCCCCUCAACCCCCUUGAAAAAAAGAGCAAAGACUGAAGGAAAAACUUUCACCAAAUUGUUAUUUUACAAUAAUAACCCCUAAAGAAUGCCAUGGUGGUGUCGUAUGGUGAUUUUGAUUAUGUGGGAAAAUGUUGGUUUUCAUUUUGUUUAUGUGUUCAAAAUCUGUUCUGCUAACUUUAGCUCCUCAGAUAAGACUGAAAUAAUAUAUUGUUUGAAUUAUAGAAAGAAGAAAUAACAUUUUGGCGACUUUUUUUUCUGCAGUCACUGGUUCUUCACUGUAAUAAUUGCAGGUUUUCAUUUCUGCAUAAGCUUUCCAAAAUAUUAUAACAUGACAAGUGUCCUUUCAUAUUACCUGUAUUAUACAACUUCAUUUAUUAUUGUAUAUAUUAAAUACUUUGUUUUACGUAGUGUUAUAUAUCUAGAUUAAUUUGUACAAAUGGUCUCAUGUACAGACAUAAAUAGCAACUGCAGAACACUUGGAAUGUGGCACAAACCUUUUUUCCAUUUCUCUGUAACUGUCUACAUCAGGAAAAUGACUAUAAUAUUUUUAAAUCAGUUUGUAACUCUACAAAAAAUGUUUGUUUGACCAUUCUUAUGUCUGUGGCAAGAUUUUAUUCAUUAGCCUUUCAUUGUGUGCUUUCUCCAACCUAAAGUGGUGUACUAUAUAGAAUGAAUAAAGAGAGUAUGUGGAUUUAUAUUUUCAUCCAAAAGCA